UCUAAAAACUCAUAGUGACUGGCAGUAGUACCACAGUGAUAGUGCAAUUAAUUUUAAUUAUUUAGGUGAUGCGAGGCAAACAUAUCAAAUGCAAUUUAAUUGACAAAAGAAAACUACCGGUAACUAACACAAUCAAUAAGUUGAUAAAUUGAAUGAGAGAUAAGAAGACUAAAAGUAAAGAAGAAUUUAAAUAAUGGCCCUACGUGGAGUCAAGGUCUUGGAAAUUGCAGGACUUGCACCUGCCCCAUUUUGUGGCAUGGUUUUGGCUGACUUUGGGGCUUCUGUGGUUCGAGUGGAUAGAACAGGUUUCUCCCCCGAUGCUGACGUUCUAUCCAAUGGAAAAAGAUCUAUUGCUAUCAACCUAAAAUCCCCCAAAGGAGUUGAUUUAUUAAAAAAACUGUGUAAAACAAGUGAUGUCCUCAUCGAACCUUUUAGAAAAGGUGUGAUGGAGAGAUUGGGUUUGGGACCAAGUGUUUUGAUGGAAAAGAAUCCACAGCUGAUAUAUGCGAGGCUGACAGGUUUUGGACAGACAGGAUGUUACAGUGAAAAGGCAGGCCAUGACAUAAAUUAUGUAGCCAUGUCAGGAGUGUUGUCUAUACUGGGAGGUAAGGCUGAGCGACUGACUCCUCCCGUCAACUUAGCGGCCGACUUUGGUGGUGGAGGUUUGAUGUGCGCUCUUGGUAUUGUUCUGGCGCUCUACGCUCGCAACUCACUUCAUAGAGGACAGGUUGUUGACUGUGACAUGGUCGGUGGUUGCGCCUAUCUAGCCUCUUGGCUACUACGCUCACAGAACAUACCCUUGCUGUGGGGCCAACCCAGAGGAUGCAAUAUACUUGAUGGUGGCGCACAUUUCUACAACACGUACGAGACAAAGGACGGACGAUGGCUAGCUGUAGGUGCACUAGAGCCGCAGUUUUAUGAGGAUCUACUGCAAGGCUUGGGACUACCGGACAUACCUCAGUACCCUGACAACUUUGAAGAGUCUAUGAGAAUAUUCACAGAAAAGUUCAAGGAGAAAUCUCUAGAAGAGUGGAUCAAGAUAUUUGAGCCGCUGGAUGCUUGUGUAACUCCAGUACUUAGUCUGGCCGAGGCAGCUGACCAUCCUCAUAACAAGGCCUGUGGGAGUUUCCUCCCUUCUACAGAGGAGGUUGUGCCUAGCCCCGCCCCCCACCUGAGUGUCACUCCUGGAGUGGGGGCGAGUAGUCGGCCCCGCCCACAGAUCGGACAGCACACUAGGCUAGUGUUGAGAGAGGUGGGGAUCUCUAAUGGAGACAUAGAGGCACUUUUACGGGAGGGUGUCGUCAAAUGUGGGGACAAUAAAUUGUGAUAGUGUACAAGUUAGCACCACUAUUUGCAUUCUCUCCUCAUGACCGGUUGUAACAUUUUUCUUAAUUCAAUAAAAUAAUAUCGUCUCACAAUUACAAUUCCAGAUCUAAUUGAGAUACAGAUUGUGUUAAUUAUAAUGGGUAGAGUAGUGUGAGAGAGACAGGAAACUUCCCCUACCACUCUCCCAAUUUGAAUAUGUAUUUUUAGAUAUCUACAAAAUAACAAAAGAAAUGGUGGUUAUAAGAAUUAACAAUUCCUUGAUAUCACCAGUAUCGAGUUUUGGAAUCAAGAAUUCCAGUCUGCCAAUCCAUCCCUACUAACGGUGUAUGAAAAAUUAUGCCAAAUAUAUUUGAACUAUUAUAAGACUCGCAAAUCUGUGUUUUUAAAUUCUUAAUAACUACUUGAUUAGCAAUUUAAGUGUUAGUGCUAUUAUAUGAAAAUAAUUUAAAACAGUCUUCCAAUUUUGAAGAUAAUUUCUGAUGAGGACCAAUGCGACUGCCUAGAAUCAACCCUUUGUAAAAUGUUUAGAUAUUUUUACAUUCUUGAACUUUUUAACACAUUUAUAUUAUGCAAAUGGUGGUACCUAAACAAACUUUUGAUUUUAAAUCACAGGUAAAUAUUAUUGUUAUUUAGUUUAUAAUUGGUGCUGUUAUAUUGUUAUAUAUCUUGUUACUUUAGUUUUAUACAUUUAUAUAAUAAAAACGUUUUUA